AUGUCGUCUCAGCGUGUCGUCCCAGCGACUCCACGGGUCAUCUCCCCUUCGCCAACGCCGUCAGAGGCUCUGGAGAACGAUGCGGAGUAUACAGCUCCUACGACACGAUCGGCCGCGCGACGGCGCUUGAACGGCCCCCGGCCAAUUCGAGAAGAAGAGGAUGAUCAUGAAGGAGAUGAUUCAUCACCCUCGGUGUCACGGAGAACUAGUAGUCGGUCUGAGGGUGCUUCUCGGCAUCGCACGUCGAAGGCGAAAACGUCCUCCUCAGAAUCGCCGGUUGUCAUAUCAAAGCCUCUCAGUAAUGGCUCCCUAUCUCCGAAUGGCCAUCUUUCUCCUCCGUCCCCCAGCUUUUCGGAUCGCUGGCGAAAUCUCUCACGGUCUCCAUCUCCAUUAGGGCUGAUUCCGUUGCAUCAAAACUACCGCACCUUUAUCCACAAGCAUGAAAUCCCCCGCAAGGCGCUCCACGUGUCCAUCGGGUUCUUGACUUUGGACUUGUAUAGGCGUGGGAUACAAGCAUCUGCGAUAACCCCCUGGCUGUUGUCUGCCUUCAUCCCUAUUGCCGCAACUGAUCUGCUUCGACACCGUUCAAGCCGGGUUAACCGAUUAUAUGUCCGCUCCUUGGGGGCGCUGAUGAGAGAAUCUGAAGUUAGCGGGUACAACGGCGUGAUCUGGUAUCUUUUGGGCGCCUUCAUUGUGCUUCGAUUUUUCCCCAAGGAUGUCGGUGUCAUGGGCGUCCUCCUACUGAGUUGGUGCGAUACUGCUGCUUCCACAUUCGGCAGACUGUACGGCCGAUACACGAUUUCUUUACGCCGCGGGAAAAGCCUUGCUGGUACGUUGGCUGCAUGGCUCAUGGGCGUCAUGACCGCUGCUGCCUUUUGGGGAUGGUUCGUCCCUACUAUCGGCGCCUUUCCAGACGACCCGGAAAACGCGUUUAUGUUCACGGGACAUCUCAACCUUGUCCCGGAUUCAGUCCGCAAUUUAAUCGGAUGGAACCCAUCCGACGCAAGCUCUGGAAGCAUCAUCACGGGGCCACUGGCUCUAGGUGUCAUGAGCGUUGUCUCCGGUAUCAUUGCCGCUGGCAGCGAGAUGAUCGAUCUUUUUGGUUGGGAUGACAAUAUCACAAUUCCUGUUCUGAGCGGUGUUGGGUUAUGGGGUUUCCUCAAGGUAUUUGGCUAA